AUGCUUUCAAAUCCACAAAAAUCACCAUCUUUCUUGCUGGAUAGAACCAACAUAACCACCGCCGGCGGAUGUGGCAGUCAUAUAUCACGAGCAUGCGCCACCACUACUCCGGUUCCUGACUCCAUCGCCCGGUACCACACCCACCCAGUUGGUCCAAACCAGUGCUGCUGCGCCGUCGUCCAACAGAUCAACGCGCCGAUCUCCACCGUCUGGGCGGUCGUCCGCCGCUUCGACAACCCACAAGCCUAUAAACAUUUCGUCAAGAGCUGCCACGUGGUCGUCGGAAACGGCGACGUCGGAACCCUCAGGGAAAUCCAUGUCAUCUCCGGCCUUCCUGCCGCCUCCUCCACCGAGCGCCUCGAGAUCCUCGACGAUGAGCGACAUGUCAUCAGCUUCAGCGUCGUCGGCGGUGAUCACCGGCUUGCCAACUACCGUUCCGUUACCACCCUCCACUGUACACCCGCCGGAAACGGUACGGUGGUCGUGGAGUCCUACGUGGUCGAUACACCGCCGGGGAAUACAAAGGAAGAAACUUGCGUUUUCGUUGAUACAAUCGUGAAAUGCAACCUCCAGUCGUUAGCUCAGAUCGCCGAGAACAAACUCCGGCUAAACUGAUCGGAAAAUCAAGAUUUCAAGUCUGGAAAACCCAUCUCAGAAACAAGUACAAAAAGCCAUUUCCAACCAAAAAGAUUCAAUACCCACGAAGAACCAAUCGAUCAAAACCUUCUUAUCAUAUUUUGAUGGUGUAGUUUUCAUCAUCAAAGUUUUUGUGAACCCACGGCACUUUUUUUUUGAAGGUUUUAUUGGUCGAUUUAGCAAGAAGAACAUCAUCUCUCUAAGAACAUAUCUUCCGAUCUGGUUCUUGUUCUCAUAUUUUUCAUUGAUUUUUCUCUUCUUUUUAUUUUAUUUUAAAUAAUGGGAUGAUAAAUGAUUUUUGUAAAGUGAUUUUCACGAUAAUUUUGUUUACACAGAAUAUUGGGUUUGUGGUAAAAUCCAAUACUAGAAUUAUAUGCAUUUAAUAUAUGGCCAAUGCUGUUUGUUG